AUGGGAGUGAUAACGGCCUUCGGCAUGGCUGGCGAAGGGAGCCCCUCCUACAAGCAGUUCUCCCAUCUGUACAGCGUUACCAAGUCCAAGUGUGCCGAUCACGGCGGGUGGGUGCAGGCGAACUGCCUCAGGGCUGCCGAUCGAGGCCACUUUGUCAGCUGGGAACCGACUUCACAGAAGUCGUGGAGGAAUCGGCGGGUGCUCCUCUCGGGCGACUGGGAGUCGCCUUCGGGACAGCCUGUCCGAUUUCGCAUUCCCACAACCUUCCAAAUGGCCGGUAAGCUGAAGCAGCCGAUCGCAACGCAGGCCGAGAUUCAACAAGUGGAGAGAGUGAGGAGGAAAGUCCCUGCCGAGGAGAGGGUGUAUCCGCAGUUCCUCUUCACCACCAACCUGAUCCGGGCCCAGCUGGUCGAUCCUGCCGAGAUGACGGAAGAGAGGAGAGCUGCCGAGGCUAAGAGGAUGAACGAGUCCUCCAAGCAUCGUCUCAUGAUGGGCUUCCAGGGGAAAAAGAAGAAAACCCAGCCGCAGGGCUCGGCAUCGGUAGACCCCGAGGACCAGACGUUGGCCGACCGUCUCCGUGAGCUCAAUGCCGAAUCGGCUCAAGCCGGAGCGGCAACGGCCGGCCCUUCUCCCCGCCGAGGCCCCACUGCCGAAGGGACUUCCUCCCGAGCGGCCGGCAAACAGCCCUUCACCGUUGAUCUAGAUGCCGAACCGGCCCCAAAACGCGGACGGCAAGCCUAG